UCAUCCCAUACCACCCCUAAUUCACCCCACCAUCUGUAUUUGUAAAGAAACUCUCGUCUCCCUCUCGCUCCUCCUCAACUUGUCGGUUGCCGCCACCGCCGUCGCUAGCCUUGUCGGUCGCCGUCGAUCAUCCUCUCAGAUCAACUCCGCUCGCCUAUUUGGUAACUGAUUGUGACUGAUUCUUAUUUAUCUCUCCUGUUGACAUCUCUCAACCACAUCGCCCGAAGUAAUUUCUCCUGUUGAAAUUGUGGAUCAAUCAUCUGAUUUCGUAUUUUAGAAGAAUAAGGCUCUUGACAGUGAAGGUGGUAAAAUGUUGAGCAACAGGGAUCGAAAUUUACCUGAAGAUGUUGUGAUUGAGAUUCUCUCAAGGCUGCCCGUGAAAUCCCUGUUGCGAUUCAAAUGUGUCUGCAGGUAUUGGUGCACUCUAAUUAAAAGCCCUGAUUUCAUUAGCAAGCACUUUAACCAAGAAAACAAUAAUGGCCAUCUCCUUGUUCAUCAUUAUAUUUCCGACAUUGAUAGAUAUGCUAUCUCUCUUUUCCGUGAUGAGACACUUUCUGGCAUACCGCCUUUACAUGAAAAUCUUGAUCAUCUACAGAUCCCAGAAUGUAUGGGAGAUGUUGUUGGCCCCAUUGACGGCAUAUUUUUGGUAUACACUUGGUAUAGUGAUGGUGACCGUAUGGCUUUGUGGAACCCUGCUAUGAGAGAGUUUAGACGCCUCCAUGUACUCGAACCAAUUUUUCCACCGAAUUUUCAUGCCAUUGUAAAUGUAGUUGGAUUUGGGUUGGACCCAUUGACUAGGGAUUACAAGAUUAUUUGGAUUCGUGACUUUUAUGAAGCGAUUGGUGAUGAAUCAGGUGAUGACAUAGAUUAUCCUUAUUAUGUUGUUGCAGUAUACACUCUAGGUAAAGAUUCAUGGAGACAUUUCGAUCUUCUUACGAUACCUACAGGCGGUUUCAUCUAUAAUUCCUUGUGUGACACAUGCAUAAAUGGAGCAUAUUAUUGGCUGUGUGCUGUAGGUAAUGCUAAUCAAUAUCGCAUCCUUUCAUUUGACUUGAGGCUAGAGGAGUUUAGAGAGAUAGAGGUGCCUGCUAAUACUGGAUAUAUAUGGGGGUCUCUUUCAUUGUACAACGGUUCUAUUGGUUUGUUCUUUUGUCAAAGUGAUGUGACUAUGGAACGUGUUAUUGAUAUAUGGGUGAUGGAGGAGAAAGGGUGUUGGAUCAAACUAGUAACAGUAAGACCCUUUCCAGAAUUUUCACGUCCGUGUGGGUUUUGGAAGGAGAAGGAGCUUUUGUUUGAAAGUCGGACGAAUGAGCUGGUGUUGUUCAACCAUGAAACUCAUGAGAUUAGAAAUCUUGAAAUGUACGGAUGUGGCAGUUUUCUUGGGCUUUGGGCUGUUUGUUACAAAGAGAGCUUAGUUUCAUUGUUCGGACAAAAUGAUGAGGAUGGGAGGAGGGACUACCAAUUAUCUGAUGCUGUUCAUGACUUCUUUAUUACCAGUUGCCGCUAGAGCCUAGGAUUUAGGAAACCAAAUCCAAAAUAACCUAUUAUUAUUGUUAUCCGAUUGUCCUCUUCGGUUUCCCUUUGUUUGUUUUUUUGGUUUGUAUGUUCUCGUUGGUUUAUUUUCUCUGUUUUGAAAAUUUGUACUUUUUUAUGGAUGUUGAAAUUAAUAAUUCGAAAUUAUAUACGUUGACAUUUCUUUACUUUUUA